AUGUUUCAAAAGCGCAAUUUGCAUUUCAAAACCCCGCGCUCUCAGACGCAGCGCUACCGUCGGCCGCGCGCGUUAUCAACACUUAUUAACAUUUUGUCGCCGGCCGAACGCGACCCUCGCAUAGUAAUUAACAAAGUGACAGAUCAACAAGUUUUAACACUCGGCGCUCUGUUGACGGUGUUCGUUCAGAUUGCGGUGCCGUGGUUGCCUCCGGCGCUGGUCGUAAAUACACACUCGUUGAUUACACCAGCCCCCACCUACUCCCGAGUCGUUCUCAAGCCGGAGUUGGACACGCGGCUUAAAUUAUUUGUUUUAGAUACAAAACCCAAUCUAAGAUACAUGGGCUGUUAUGCACUUUUGUUUGUCCCGCGCCCGCGGCGCUGCGAAGCGCCCGCGGCGACGCGUCGACAAAUCGAGCGCGCGACCACAAUGCCCACC